AUGGGCGGGGCGGGCGGCGGCUGGGCGCGCGAGGCGCCGGCGCUGCUGAGCACGGCGCUGCUGCUGGGCGGGCUGCCGGAGCGCCCGCCGGCGCCGCUCUUCACCAUCGACAGCAUCCUGGCGCCGCGCCCGCCGCCGGGCCCGCCGCUGCAGCUGCUGCACGCGCCCUUCCCCCGCCCGCCCGAACUGUUCGGUGUAGGAGGCGUAGGGGCGAACCACGGCGCGUACGCCGGGCUAUACGGCGGGUACGCGGCGGCAGCGCUGGCGGGCUUAGCCGGCCCGCCGCCCAAGCGAAAGCGCAGGCACCGCACGAUCUUCACGGAGGAGCAGCUGGAGCAGCUCGAGAGCACCUUCGACAAGACGCACUACCCCGAUGUCGUGCUGCGGGAACAGCUCGCGUUGAGGGUCGACCUGAAGGAGGAGAGGGUUGAGGUAUGGUUUAAAAACCGGCGAGCGAAAUGGAGGAAGCAGAAGCGGGAAGAACAAGAGCGGCUACGGAAACUCCAAGAGGAGCGAGUGUGCGGGAGGGCGCCUCUGCUGGUCCGAAGCGCCCUGUCUCCCGCGCACUCGCCCGCGGAGCAUGCGCCGGCGCCGCCCACGCCCAGGCACUAUACCGACGACUCGGAGUCAGACCUGGAGGUCGCCUGAGUGAUGGUACACCUAGGAAGCGAGCCAUACUCUCACUUGACGACAAAGAGCCAACGGCAGCGACUAGCGAGCCAUUGGACUUGAUAAUAUGAUGAUGACAGGAGAAGAACGUUGAAAGCGAUUUGUUUCAAGCCACAACACAAUGUUACAUUGUUACAGCUAAAUAAGCCAUGAAGGCUAUAAUGCUGCAUAUUGCUGUGCCCUACGUAUCUGGAUAUGGUUGCAGCUGAACCAUGCAUUUAAUAACUCUGGUUAGACAACACAGUGCGUCGAAAUAAGCCGAUAAGGAAUAUUCCGUAAUAAUUUUAGAAAAUGGAUACUCGACAAUUAAUCAAAAUGAAAUAAAUUAUUUAAGAAUAAGUUUGUGGCCUGAUAUUUUUGAUAAGAUGGAGGACAAUAAACAGAAGAAUGGUCUGAUCUUAAAUUUGAAACAAUUAACCAAGUAAUAAUGGAUCUGUGAAACAAAAUGCUUUUCUCAACUUACUCCAAUAUGCCGGUUCGUUGGAUGACACAAAAUAACACGUUCGAUAAUUAUUUAUAGGCGCAAUAUAGUGAUGGUGAAAGUGAUGGGACGGUUGAAAUCGCGAGUGCUUUCUUCAUGGUGUAUUUAUUGUGUGACGCGCUAUUAGGACAUUAUUGGACUUUUAUUACACCUUAUGACAAUAUUUUCGAUAGAACAAGCAAAAUUAACAUUGUUUAUUUUGAAUGCAUUCAAAUCAAUUUGUUUAACGGUGUAAUAUCUUCUACGGUUCAUGAAGUUUGAUUUCUAUCACAAAACAAGGUUAGGGGGAUAUUUUAUCAUACGAUUUUCUAAUACUAUGUCAAGUUGUAAAUCAAUAUACGUAAUAAAUAAGUACAAUAUUACAAAGUCAUCACAUAAUCUCUAAGGAUAAUAUUAAAUUAAUUUAUCGUAAAAGAUUGUAUGUAUCUAUAAAUGUUUAGAAAUAAAUGUAGGUUUCUAGUUGUAGCUUUCUACUUUAUAAUUAGUAGGUAUUUGGAUAUUGUUACGUUGCAUCAUUCAAAUUUAUUUUAAAAUGCGACAUUUAA